AUGUUGAGCGAUAAUGGGACCGUUUUCCACGGAGCGGACCGGGAGUUGCGCAACAUGUUCCGCGGCGCCUCCGCCUUUUACUUAGACGCCGCAGCUUCGUUGGCAGCCGAUGGCACGAACUGGAGCUUCAUCCCUCCGUAUGCUCCGCACUUCGGGGGCCUAUGGGAGGCAGGAGUUAGAACGGUUAAGCACCACCUACGGAGAAUCGUCGAAAACGCUACGCUUACCUUCGAGGAGAUGACAACGCUCUUGUGCCAGGUGGAAGCAUGCGUAAAUUCACGGCCGCUACAUCCACUUUCCGACGACCCCUCGGACCUGUCGGCAUUAACACCCGGACACUUUUUAAUCGGUGAACCCACUUGUAUCGUUCCGGAUCCAGAAUCCGAAUCGCAUAAUAUUUCUCUUAUUUCACGUUGGCGACAAAUUUCUAUAUUACGUUCUCACUUUUGGCACAGGUGGAGGCGGGAAUAUCUGCAAAGCCUUCAGCAGCUUCCCAAAUGGCGUCAGCAGAAGGAGAACCUGGAGCUGGGGACACUAGUGUUACUACGCGACGAAUUGCAACCUCCGGCAAAAUGGCCGCUGGGCCGAGUCGAAGCCCUUCAUCCAGGGCCAGAUGGACGAGUGAGAGUAGCCACCUUGAGAACUAUUAGCGGUUCUGUCACCAGACCAAUAGUCAAGUUGUGCCCCCUCCCGGUGUCUUCUGCUGACAUCACUUCAUCUGCUUCGACAUAA